AUGUCUACCAAUACAACCCAAAGCAACCUCAUCCGACUUGCCCCCCUGCAACUGGGCGAGCUCCCAGCACAUCCCUCACUCCCUCCUGCAGAUGGCACCCGCCCGAAUCUCCUCUCCUUCCUCCUGACUCUACUCGACGAUGGGGCCGAUUUCCUCUCGCCCGCCAGCUUCUCCGCCAACUUCAAACAUCACUCUGUCAAGUCCGCGCCCCCCAGUGAAGCCAAGGUCGAGACGCUCACCUACUCGGCCGCAGCUAAAGAGUUGGAAGAGAUUGUUGACUGGGGUGCCUCCGAGACCAGAACCGCCAAUGCGAAUCCUGAGCACCCGGGGCAGGCUUCAGGACAUGGAGAGACCUACACCAGGCCUGGGCGAAGCAAGCCGCCACACAAGGCUCUGAGUGCAGGCGAAUAUUGGGUUGCUCGCAGAUCGACCCACAAAGCCAUUUCCUCGAAAGACCCCUCAUCCCCAGGAAACGCCAAUUGGAAGGAGUUCAUCUUCGGUCUGCGUGACAGUCAUUCCAAACACGAACAGGACUUCACACCCACUCUUUACGAUGCACAUUGCGUAUGUACGUGGAACGAGGAGAUUAAAGAGCUUGAAUCUCAGGACAAGAUCGUAGGAAAAACCGGCCAGAAAUAUUCAUGUGUGACAAUGGCCAUCUACGAAAUGUGCCACGCAACGCCGCCGCCAACAAGUCCCCGCUGUUUCCCAGUCCUGGUCGCCACAGCGAGUAUCAGCGCAGACGAAUUCCUCGCCGUCACUGUCCCCGUUUCCUUGGGCACUGCCGUGCAUGAUGCCAUUUAUUCCUCUGGCCGCAACACCCGUGAUGGCAACUCCUCACAGGAACGAAAGUCCGUCGUGCUGGGCGUUUACACCGCUAUAGAAGUCGUCCGACGGAAGAAGGGAGAUCCCAAUGUGGGCAAAAAUUGGGAUGAAGUCGAAUGGAUCAUGGCGACUGCGAGCGAUGCGAAGGGUAAUCUGCCAAUGUGGAUGCAGAAAGUGAGCGUGCCUGGUAUGAUCGCGAAGGACGUGAGUUACUUUUUGAAAUGGAUCAAGACAGUGCCAGACAACGAGAUUGAAAGCGUCAAGGUCGUGUGA